AUGUCUCGCGAGAACGUUAGCAACAGAUUCAUAUCAUCUGCUCAUGACAAAGAUGGAAUAGAAAAUACUCUUGCAAGAAUGUUAGGAAAUGAUAGUAUGUUUGGUGGAAAGUUGAAUAUACAAUUUUGUGGAGAAUGUGGAGAACAAUGCUCUAAUGCCUAUCAAGAUACAAAGGAUAAAUCAACAUUCUAUUGUAGACAACAUUAUGAAAAAUUGGUUGGUCCUGUUUGUGAGGGUUGUUCAAGAGGUAUCGUGGGAGGGGAGACUCCUCAGGUGAAUGGUACUAAAAAAUAUCAUCCCGCAUGUUAUAAUGUCGAUCACUCUUGUCAUCGUUGUUCAUGUCCCAUCGUUGGAGCAUCGACCGUCUUUUCUGGUAGACAAUAUCAUAACAAAUGUUUUACUUGCACCUAUUGUGACACACAACUCAGCAACACUACCAGUGUCGAUAGGUUAGGUCGUCCAUACUGCUUUAAAUGCAAUAGUGAUCUAAGUGAUCCAGAAAAGGCAAAGUUUAUGAAUCACUCUGGCGGUGCUACAAUCACUGUCACCAAUAAAGAGGCAGAAGAGAGAAAUAGAAUAAAAGUUGAAGUGGCCCAAAAUGUACAGUCUGGAAAAGAACAAUGUCCAACCUGCCACAAAACAAUGGUUGAUCAAGGUGUACAAUUUGCUGGUCGCGUAUACCAUCAAGAUUGUUUUGUAUGUAACAAAUGUAAGAUUCCAAUUGGUGGACAAUCAUUUGUCAACAAAUCCGGUGUACCAUAUUGUCAACCAUGUGGUAAAUCUCCUUCAACUCUUUGUUUUGGUUGCAAUCAACCAAUUACAUCAAGUUUUACAGUUGCAUUAGAUAAUAAAUAUCAUCCUCAAUGUUUGGUAUGUUCUGGUUGCAAAAAGGAUUUAAAGGGUGGUUAUGUCCAAGUUCAAUCACAACUAAUGUGUGGAGUAUGUGCUGCCAAAGCACCAUCAGUCACUACAACCACCUAUUCAACUGGAGCAAGAGCUAAAGGUUUGGUAGUUGACCCACGUUCAGGAAAGAGAACCUAUCUUUAA